AUGCCUGAAGGUCCAGAAGUACGUCUUGCAAGUGAUUACAUAAAUCACAUUUGUUGCAAUGUGAUCUUCUCAGGUCAAAUUGUCAAGUCUGAUGUUAGCAAGAAUCCAUCCAUUACAUUUGCGGCACCUUUUUAUACCAUUACUGGUCAAUCUCGUGGUAAAGAGUUGCUUUUGACAUUGAAAGAAGCUGAUGCUAACAAUGGCAAUAGCGAGGAAAUGAACCAUCGUGUUAAGAAAGAAUGUGAUUCUAGAUUGGAAAUGAGGAUUUUAUUUGGAUUUGGUAUGUCGGGUUCGUUUUCUGUAACGGAUAGCGACAACAUUCCUAAACAUUCUCACCUGAGGUUUUAUGCACAUAACAAGUCAUCGAUGGUGUUAAACUUUGUCGAUCCGCGUCGAUUUGGUACCUGGAGAGUCACUAAUAACUGGUCACCAAAUCGUGGACCCGAUGCAGCUUUUGAAUACGAGCUAUUUUGCAACAAUAUUGCAAGCCAUUUAAAUGCUUCUCUAUUCAAUAAGCCAAUAUGUGAAGUUCUUCUUGACCAGAAAUAUUUUAACGGUAUCGGUAAUUACCUGAGAGCUGAAAUCUUGUAUAGAGCUGGUAUCCCUCCGUUUACUAUGGCAAGGAAUGUAUUUGAUCCAUCAACCUCACAAUCAAAGAAUAAAUCUAAGAAGAAUAAUUCUAAGCCAAAGCAGGAGACUAAAAUGAGUAAUGCCGUUAAAAUCGAAGGAGGGAUCGAAAACAAUAAAGUAUUGAGUCUUUGUCGCGACCUGCAAUUAGAAUUAAUUGGAUUAAGGGCAGAAUCAUGGCAUGGAUCAUUUGAUGAGGAGGCCACUGCUAGAUUUGGUUCUUGGUUGCAAUGUUAUUGUAAGCCUGAAAUGAAAAAUCUGGUAGACAAUAUUGGACGGACGAUUUGGUUUCUAGUCGUUUGUCCCCUCAUAGAUAAAAAAAGUAGGAUGACAGGCUCAAGAAAAAAGAAAUCUGAUGAUGUUAAAGAAGACUUACCAAAGAAUCAAGCUAAAGGAAAAAGAGGCACUGAUAAAAAGAGUGGUACUAAAGGUAAAAAGAAAGAGGACAUCACACCGAUAAAAAAGCCUCGUAAGCGUAUCAAGGUAGAAGAUCCCGACUUUCAGGAAUCUUCCAAAAAUUCUGAGCCAAAAGGUAUUAGUAAGGGAAGUACGAGAGUACUGAGAUCGAGAAAGAAUAGCAGUAAAAAGGGAAAUACCUAA